UAUGAAGCUUCAUUAGAAAGUCAAUCUUGACUUGCUAUUCGUACUUAUACAAACUUUCCGAUUUUUUCUUAAAAAAAAACUCUUCUUGUGUCAAUCCAACGUCUCUGUGAAAGCAUCAAGAAUAUGGACGGAUUGACGGCAGUCGAGACGCGCGAGCUGGAGCAGCGUAUGCAAAAGCAGCAGAUGAAGGUCUUCUUUGGUCUCUUCAGCAACUUGGUUGACCACUGCUUCAUGUCAUGCGUCGACGACUUCACCACAAAAUCAUUAACGGGCCGCGAGUCCGGCUGCGUAACUCGUUGCGUCCAGAAGCACAUGGCCUUGUCACAGCGCCUGAGCGAACGCUUCCAAGAAUAUAAUGCUCAGAUGACUCAACAACAGCAGCAACAGGGUGGUUUCCGAUAGAUUGGCGAUCUUGGUGGGGAGAGGUAUCUUUCUUUCAGGGGUUCCUAUACACUAGGCGUCCGGAAAUCCAGUGGCUGGAUUGGAGAUAUGUCUGAUCGGAACCAGCUACACGUAUAUGUAAAAAGAGAGAGAAAACUCUAACAGGCAUUGGGUUAAGACUAUUUCAGCAGCAACCACUUGAGUGCCAUAUUAUCAAUAGGCACGGGAUUAAAGGUUAUGAUAUAGCUUCACUGUAACAGUAGGAACUCUACGGGAAACGACGGAUCUCGGAGUAAAAAAAAGAGGUGGGAGGACAAGAAAGAGAAAUCAACCGGAAACCGAACGGCAAAUGUUACCAUUUCAACUCCUUGUAUCAUGGGCAUUUUCCUUCUUCCAUGGUACUAUCGUAUUAUAAUUUGGCGGUGAUGUCGUACAUCACCUUUGCAAAUCAGUUUCAUUAUGUCACUGGAAAAAAUCACUAUGCGAGACACCGCUAUGGAUUC